AUGAACCUUCUCAAGUUUCCCACUGAAAUUCUCAUAUUAUGCUUCGAGCCCCUUGACGACAUUUCUGAUCUCACUACCUCCAGACUCGUGUGCCGACAACUAGGCGCUAUCUGCGGGGGAAUGCUAUGGCGGAAUAUCAAUGUGCGUCUGUCAACAAAGUCACUCAAGCGGCUGCAAUACAUCUCCGAAAACCCUGAAUUCGCGAGGUCAGUUAGAGCGCUGACAUUCGACGUGGGCCUUUACCACACAGACUGUGCCACAAAUCUAAGUUCAUAUUCGAUAAAGUGUAUUAAUGAAGUGGAUUACGCAUUGCAAGAAGCCGAGCAAGAGUGGGAGCGGGAUAAGACCAUGCCCGAAGAGCAACUAGAUGCUUUUGUGCUCAACGGCACACAAUUGAGUACUAACUGGCGACAAACGGCGCACUUUGGGGAAACCAAAACCUUGAUGCAAGCUUUUCAGCACAAGUAUCGCGAGCUAGCCGAUGACCAAGCGCUUGCACUCCAGGAAUGCACAGACAUUUCCAAGUUUGCAAAUAUCUUGCGGUCAUUCACAAAUGUACGACGUGUCAAGAUUACGGACAAGCCAAUAAAAACCAAAUGGAAAUUCAAGGGAAAGGAUUCAAUUCUAAACGGGGAGAUAGGUAAAGCUAUCCGUAGUCUACGCCAGGACACCCUCGAAUAUUGGGAAAGCGAGUUGCAUCGGUACAUGGAUUCUCUGGUCUUCAACACAGACACCUCAACCCUGACAGAUAUAAUGGGGGACGUUAUUGCGUCGGCAUGCUUGAGCACGGGAAAAUGGAUAGAAUACCGGGGACAGUCGCCACCGCAUUCGCCGGUGACGGUUCUUGGGGAUAUCUUUACUGCUUUGGCAGAAUUGUCAAGCUUCCCCACCAGCCUGGAAGUCGACAUCAGGCGGUAUGCAUACGUUAAUAUUUAUAAAAUGACCGACAAACAGCUGGAAUACGCCAGAUAUCUCCCGCAAAAUGCAAAGUCUAUCCAUGUCUUAAUGACGCAUACUGAGAAUCCAGUCGAGCUUAAGCUUGUUCCUUUUAUGCUCAAGGAUUGGGAGCAGAUGAGAAAGCUUAUCACAGCCCUGGGUGAGAGUAGUUCAAAAUUGGAGGAUCUGGAGGUCCGUAUUGACGGCUAUCUGAAGUUAAAAGGGGGUACUCCGUUUCCAGCGGACAGCAAGUCCUUUAAUAUCAGAUGGGAGAAACUCGAGUCUCUGUGUCUGGAGGGAGUCCCGUUCCUAAAAACCAAAUUCGAGCACAUGGUGAAACAUUUGCCUGUAAGUUUGAAAAAACUGGAUCUGAAUAAGGUAUUUCUCAGUUCCGGAUCAUGGGCUCAUGCCACUGACGGUGUGAUCCAUACCGGCGUCCGGAAACCGCCAACGUUCCUUGAAACCCCGGAGGAUAAAAACCCCUGCGAUGAGUACUUCUAG